AUGGCUGAUGCUAACGACUAUCUGCAAUUCAUUAAAUAUACACUUUUACAAAUUACUAUUGUUCCAUCUUUAAUUUGUGAUAUAUUUGUUUUCAUUCAUUUUAUUCGUUAUUGGAAAAAAGAAAUGACUACUGCACCACAAAAUCAUAUAAUUUUUUGUUUACUUCUAGUCAGUUUUAUACAAAAGAUCAGUGAUGUACCUUUUGCUAUAUAUUAUUUUCGAUGGAAUAUUGUUUAUCAACAAACAUAUAAUUUUUGUGUUAUAUGGGAUUGGUUUAAUUAUACAGCGAUGACUGUUAGUUUACAACUUGUAUGUUGGUGUUCACUUGAAAGACAUUUAUUUAUUUUUCAUAGUCAGAUGAUGAAAACAAAAGGAUUUUUAAUUUUAUUUCAUUAUAUACCUAUGAUUAUAUGUUUAUCAUAUACACCAAUUUUCUAUUUGCGAUACAUAUUCUUUCCAACAUCGUGUACAAAUACUUGGGAUUAUACGACUAUUUAUUGUGGUGGUGCAUGUUAUUCAUAUUAUGAUGCAGUUCUAGGUACUUUUGAUUGGUUAUUUAAUUAUGGUUUACCAACAAUGAUUAUCAUUUUUGCAAAUCCUCUUAUUAUUUGUCGUAUCUUAUGGCAAAAAAUCAAUCGACAAAGACCAGUUCAAUGGAGUCGUCAAAGACGUAUGAUUAUUCAACUUAGUUUUAUUGCUCUUCUUUAUUUGUUAUUUAUGGCACCACAAGUUAUCGUCGGAUCUAUGCAAACUCUAUGGGGGGUAGAUUUUCUUUACGAUGUACAAGCUGAUUAUUUCUAUUAUAUUGUAUAUUUUAUUAAUCAAUUAUUGCCAUUUGUUAUUAUUAGUUCACUACCUCGAACACACAAAAAAUUAAUACAAUUGAUGAAACAUAUCAAACUAUUUCUUAGGUGUGGAACACAAGUACAUCCCUUUGUGACAACUGUAAACGCUAGUAAUCGUGUUACAAUUAUAGCUGUACAUUAA